AUGAAUUCGCAAAUUGAUAAUUCUGACGUCGAUCUCGAAACGGUGGCAGGCAAUGUUGCUGAUUCUUUGACGCGAAUUUUUCUUCUAACACCUCGACCUGAGGUUCGGCUAAAAGCUUAUUCAUUAUUGGGCGUCACUAAUAGCAGGGAUUUCGCACUUGAAGUCGAACGUCGUAUUAAUAAUUUUUUAAAAAUCUCCAGCAAAGGACAUGAUCGUCGGAUCUUGAUACGCAAAAUGUUGUCGGAGUACUUUUUGGAUCAUUUGGUGAAAGAUUUUAAUCUAACCUCAGCGCAGCAGAUGAUUUCUUAUGAAUUCUCAUCAUCCGAUUUGGACGAUUUCUCAACCGGUUCAUUCAGUGAGCCGGCUUUCUCAGAUUGGUCAUCCGAUUGGUCCCUUUCCUCAUAUCCCACUAAAAGAAAAGGCGCAAAAUCGCGAAAAAAGUGUGAGAAUAUAAGUGGAAUAUGUAAAGAAUACGAUUCUUUUUCAAAUUCAGAUGGCAAAGUACCAGCGCAAGAUAUGUUAGUGGAUAAUGAAUAUAUCCAAUCGAAAGAAUACGUAGUUUCGAAUCAAUCAGAAUCGCUUAUGGAGGAAUUUUCUCAAGAUGAAGAAAUUGAUGUAACAAAUAUAUUGCGAGAUUUAGUAGAAAAUUACUGUGUGAUUCAGCGAUAUGCGCCAAGUGAAAAUGGAACCGUUCUUGGAGUUGCGGGUUGUACAAAUAGCGGCAAAACGACUUUUGCCGAAACUUUAGUUGAAAUGUUAAUCAAUGAUGGCAAGAAAGCAGUUAGAAUAAGUCAAGAUGCUUUCUUCAAACCUAUGGACGAAGUAGAAAGAUUGCUAGAUGAAGAAGAUUCUUCAAUUUCGUAUUAUAAUUACGAUAGAAAAGAAUCAGUAAACAAUUUUCGCAUUUGA